GCCCCCCGCACGGACUUUCCUCUCGUCCCUUUGUUCAGUUCUCGGCCUCUCCGGGAGCGCUCCGAGCCCGGCGGGCAGCAGCGGCAGCACCGCACGUCGCGAUCGCCGUAGCGAGGCACGGCACGGCUCGUCCCAGUGACCGCGCCCCAGCCCGGCCAUGUACCCCCAGGGCCGGCACCCGGCUCCGCACCAGCCGGGCCAACCGGGCUUCAAAUUCACCGUGGCCGAGUCCUGCGACCGGAUCAAGGACGAGUUCCAGUUCCUGCAGGCCCAGUACCACAGCCUCAAAGUGGAGUAUGACAAGCUGGCGAACGAGAAGACCGAAAUGCAGCGCCAUUACGUUAUGUACUACGAAAUGUCGUACGGUUUGAACAUUGAAAUGCACAAACAGACAGAAAUUGCUAAAAGACUGAAUACAAUUUUAGCCCAGAUCAUGCCUUUUCUGUCACAAGAGCACCAACAGCAAGUGGCACAGGCUGUUGAACGUGCCAAGCAAGUGACAAUGACGGAGUUGAAUGCUAUCAUCGGGGUACGUGGACUUCCCAAUCUGCCUCUCACCCAGCAGCAGCUCCAGGCCCAGCACCUCUCCCACGCCGCCCACGGGCCCCCGGUCCAGCUGCCGCUGCAUCCCUCGGGGCUCCAGCCGCCGGGAAUUCCGCCGGUCACUGGUACCAGCUCAGGGCUGCUGGCCCUCGGAGCCCUGGGCAGCCAGGCCCACCUUGCUGUCAAGGAUGAGAAGAACCACCAUGACCUGGACCACAGAGAGCGAGACUCAAGUGCAAAUAAUUCCGUGUCGCCCUCGGAGAGCCUGAGAGCCAGCGAGAAGCACCGGAGCUCCACGGAUUACAGCAUCGACUCCAAGAAGCGGAAAGCGGAGGAGAAGGACAGCAUGAGCCGAUAUGACAGCGAUGGUGACAAGAGCGAUGACCUGGUGGUCGACGUCUCCAACGAGGAUCCCGCCACCCCCCGGGUCAGCCCGGCCCACUCGCCCCCGGAGAAUGGCCUGGACAAAGCCCGCGGGCUGAAGAAGGGGGACGCUCCCAACAGCCCGGCCUCGGUCGCCUCCUCCAGCAGCACUCCCUCCUCCAAGACUAAAGACCUGGGCCACAACGACAAGUCGUCGACGCCCGGGCUCAAGUCGAACACUCCGACGCCGCGGAACGACGCACCCACCCCGGGCACCAGCAGCACCCCGGGGCUGCGGCCCAUGCCCGGCAAGCCCACCGGCAUGGACCCCCUGGCCUCGGCCCUGCGCACGCCCAUCUCCAUCGCAGGCUCCUACGCCGCCCCCUUCGCCAUGAUGGGGCACCACGAGAUGAACGGGUCCCUCACCAGCCCCGGCGCCUACGCGGGGCUGCACAACCUCCCCCCGCAGAUGAGCGCAGCCGCCGCCGCCGCUGCCGCCUACGGCCGGUCACCAAUGGUGAGCUUUGGAGCUGUUGGUUUUGAUCCACACCCACCCAUGCGAGCCCCUGGCCUGCCCUCCAGCCUGGCUUCCAUCCCCGGGGGGAAACCAGCCUACUCGUUCCACGUGAGCGCCGACGGGCAGAUGCAGCCGGUGCCGUUCCCCCACGACGCGCUGGCGGGGCCCGGCAUCCCCCGGCACGCGCGGCAGAUCAACACGCUGAGCCAUGGCGAGGUGGUGUGCGCCGUCACCAUCAGCAACCCCACCCGGCACGUCUACACCGGCGGCAAGGGCUGCGUCAAGAUCUGGGACAUCAGCCAGCCCGGCAGCAAGAGCCCCAUCUCCCAGCUCGACUGCCUGAACAGGGAUAACUACAUCCGCUCCUGCAAGCUGCUCCCGGACGGCCGCACGCUGAUCGUGGGGGGCGAGGCCAGCACGCUGACCAUCUGGGACCUGGCGUCGCCCACGCCCCGCAUCAAGGCCGAGCUCACCUCCUCGGCCCCCGCCUGCUACGCCCUGGCCAUCAGCCCCGACGCCAAAGUCUGCUUCUCCUGCUGCAGCGACGGCAACAUCGCCGUGUGGGACCUGCACAACCAGACCCUCGUCAGGCAAUUCCAAGGCCACACAGACGGUGCCAGCUGCAUAGACAUCUCCCACGAUGGUACGAAGUUGUGGACGGGGGGCCUGGACAACACGGUGCGUUCCUGGGACCUGCGGGAAGGGCGGCAGCUCCAGCAGCACGACUUCACCUCCCAGAUCUUCUCCCUGGGGUACUGCCCGACGGGCGAGUGGCUGGCAGUGGGCAUGGAGAGCAGCAACGUGGAGGUGCUGCACCACACCAAGCCUGACAAGUACCAGCUGCACCUCCACGAGAGCUGCGUCCUCUCCCUCAAGUUCGCCUACUGCGGGAAAUGGUUUGUGAGCACUGGGAAAGACAACCUGCUCAACGCCUGGAGGACGCCCUACGGAGCGAGCAUCUUCCAGUCCAAGGAAUCCUCGUCCGUCUUAAGUUGUGACAUUUCAGCGGAUGACAAGUACAUCGUCACGGGCUCUGGUGACAAGAAGGCCACAGUCUACGAGGUCAUCUACUGAGCGUGGAGUUUCUGGGAGGGCUGGCAGCUCCCGGCCCCGCAGGACUCGGGAAGCAGCGGGGGAUGCCACGGGGUGGCCCAGGGACCGUGCCCGCUCCGAGGGGGCUCUGCCCGGCGUCCGCCACACACGGAUUUAUUUGGAGAUCUGCGACUCUGGCACACGUUGGAGCCCCAAACGGAUGUUUCUCUUUGGUUUUUUAGGGUCGUGGGGUUUCUUUUGAUUUUUUUUUUUAAUUUUUUUUUUUUUUGGUUUUCCGGUUCUUUCCGUCUGCGCUUUUGGUGGCACUAUAAAGGACUCCUUUUUUUAUCGUGACUUUUUUUUUUGUUUGUUUUGUGCAGCCUUGCAUAAGACUUGUGAAAAGUGUAAAUACCGGACUAGUAAAUAGCGUUGAAGGGGGGGGGUCCCUCCCGGUACACUAGUUGUGUAUUUUUCGUCUGCUGUAAUUGUAUUCCACUGAUGGUUUUGGUGGUGGCAAUUUUAUUAUGGGUUUUUUUGGGUUGGUUUUUUUUUUGUUUGGUUUUUGUUUUGGGUUUUUUUUUUCCUCCCUGCCCCCUCUGGAAGCGUCCGUGGGGACGUGACUUUGCCGUGCAGGCUGAGUGGAGCUGUCCAGUGGUGCAAAGUUGUCCCUCCUGUCGUCCCCGUGCGUCGUUGGGUGUGUUAGUGAUGGUGGGAACGCCGCUGGAAUCCCGGGAGCGCUCGGAUAUCCUCAGCUGCUGACGGGACAUCAACACAGUCACCUGGUUGGGUUUGGAUUUUUUUUGGGUUGGUUUUUUUUUGGUUUUUUUUUUUUUAUAUAUGGAUUUAUCCUUAUUUUUUUCCGUGCUUGGAUGUUUGAAGCAAAAGGGGAAGCCCACGCUGCGGGACCGUCUGCGCAAAGCCCUUCUUGGUCUUCGGACAGAAGCAAUGAGGAGUGAUUUCAAAGAAAGCUUAGAAAAUUCAGCUCAGGGAGCCACGAAAGAUAAAGCAACUUAUGUGUUUUGUAUUCAAAUGAAAGUAAAGAAUUAGAAUUGAUAACCUUUAAAGAAAAAAAAAGAAAAAGAAAAAAUACAGGUUUUUUUUUUUUGGUUGGUUUUUUUUUUUGGUUUUGGUUUUUUGUUUUUGUUUUUUUUUUAAGAAGCAAAAAGUUUACUAACAAGUAGGGUUUGUGUGUGGUUGGGGGGGGCCGGGGCUGGUUGUGGUCCUGUGGGCUUUAUGGUCUUGUGUCUUCUGGUCUUUUGGAGCAAUCCCCUCCCCCCACAGGCCUGUGUCAGCCUUUUGUACUAAAGGGUUAAAAAAAGGACAGAAAAAAAAAAAAAGGA